AUGAAGAUACCAGAGACACAAGUUGCAUUCGGUUUUAGAAGAGGCGAGAAAAAUAUGGUGAGAUAUGAUAAGUGGCCCGUUACAAGACCAAACGAUGGAGAAGUUUUAGUUGAAGUAAUGGCUGCUGGUUUGUGCCAGAGUGAUGUUCACAUAGUACAUGGACAACCUGGAUACAUUCCAGAUGAGCUUGUAAUGGGACAUGAGAUCGCAGGCCGAAUCGUCGAAAUAGGUGGUGAUAGUGUCCCUGAUGACUAUCAGGUUGGAGACCGCGUUGCAAUCGCAAUUGCAAGCUUCUGUGGAAUCUGUGACAACUGCAGAAGUGGAUUUGACAACAAUUGCUUGCGAUCUGUAGAAGCAUAUGGAUUGACUCUAGACGGUGGGUUUCAGCAGUUCUUAUUGAUAAAAAAUUUGAGGGGGUUAAUCGCGAUUCCAGAUGAAGUGACCUAUGAGCAAGCUGCAAUUGCAUCAGAUGCUGUUUUAACGCCAUUUCAUGCUAUUAAUAAAGCAAGAGAAGAUUUAGUACCUACAGCUCAUGUCUUGGUUAUGGGAAUGGGGGGGGCUAGGUCUUAA